UUAUAUAGCGGUAUCCUGACAGAGAGUGUACACAAGAUUUCUCAACCGAUCUCCUGACGUCGGCCAGAGGAAAGUUUAACAAUGCGUGAGUGUAUCUCCAUCCACGUCGGCCAGGCAGGUGUGCAGAUGGGCAAUGCAUGCUGGGAGUUGUAUUGUCUGGAGCACGGGAUCCAGCCAGAUGGUCAGAUGCCAAGUGAUAAAACAAUCGGAGGAGGCGAUGACUCAUUCAACACCUUCUUUAGUGAGACCGGAGCUGGAAAACAUGUUCCAAGAGCUGUCUUUGUCGAUCUGGAGCCAACCGUCAUUGAUGAGGUGCGCACAGGAACCUACCGGCAACUUUUUCACCCUGAACAGCUGAUCACUGGUAAGGAAGACGCCGCCAACAAUUACGCCCGUGGCCACUACACCAUUGGCAAGGAGAUCAUUGACCUGGUGCUGGACAGAACUCGCAAACUGGCUGAUCAGUGCACUGGACUCCAGGGCUUCCUGAUCUUCCACAGUUUUGGUGGUGGCACCGGCUCUGGCUUCACCUCUCUGCUCAUGGAGCGACUCUCAGUCGACUACGGCAAGAAGUCCAAACUCGAGUUUGCCAUUUAUCCAGCUCCCCAAGUCUCCACAGCUGUGGUGGAGCCCUACAACUCCAUCCUCACCACCCACACCACCCUCGAGCACUCCGACUGUGCCUUCAUGGUGGACAACGAGGCCAUCUACGACAUCUGCCGCAGAAACCUCGACAUCGAGCGCCCCACCUACACGAACCUCAACAGGCUGAUCGGACAGAUCGUGUCCUCCAUCACGGCGUCUCUGCGUUUCGAUGGAGCCCUGAAUGUGGAUCUCACUGAGUUCCAAACUAACUUGGUGCCUUAUCCACGUAUCCACUUCCCUCUGGCCACCUACGCCCCAGUCAUCUCAGCAGAGAAGGCCUACCACGAGCAGCUGUCUGUUGCAGAGAUCACCAACGCUUGCUUCGAGCCAGCCAAUCAGAUGGUAAAAUGCGACCCGCGUCACGGCAAGUACAUGGCUUGCUGUCUGCUGUACCGUGGUGAUGUCGUGCCCAAAGACGUCAACUCUGCCAUCGCCACCAUCAAGACGAAGCGCACCAUCCAGUUUGUGGACUGGUGUCCCACUGGCUUCAAGGUGGGCAUCAACUAUCAGCCCCCAACUGUGGUUCCUGGAGGAGAUCUGGCUAAGGUGCAGCGAGCCGUGUGCAUGUUGAGCAACACUACAGCCAUUGCUGAAGCUUGGGCUCGUCUGGAUCACAAGUUCGAUCUGAUGUACGCCAAGAGAGCUUUUGUCCACUGGUAUGUGGGUGAAGGUAUGGAGGAGGGCGAGUUCUCUGAGGCCAGAGAAGACAUGGCUGCCCUGGAGAAAGAUUAUGAAGAGGUGGGCACAGACAGCGUUGGAGAGGAGGGAGAAGAGGAAGGCGAGGAAUAUUAAAAGAUCCCUGUUUUGAAAUUUUAGGAAACCUUAUAGAUCUACAUAGGUUUUCCAAAAAGUAUUUUCAGGCAAAUAAAAUAUUGUUCCACGUUUCCUAUGCUUAUUGAAAACAUGUAGUUGAUAUACAUUUCUAUGUGCUAUUUCUAUUUUGAUUCAUUUAAAAAUGCACCAGCAAAUAAGAUACAAACAAAGUAAUACAUACACUGUAAAUACUGUUAGUUAGUAUAGUAACAAACAUGUCGAGAAUUGUUGCAAUGCUAACCACUACAGUGCAAAAAUCUUUUGUAUUUCUGUUUUUUUGGAUUCAAAUAAAAUCUUGGCCAAUGCUUUGCCACCUGAA